CAGACAGGAAAAUGUUUACGAGUUUGCAAAGAUGCGAAGAAAAUGGAAGAGGAUGCAAAGGGCAAAGCGUGAGGUUGUCAGAAUGUGAUUCUCUACAAGUUCAACUUGCAAUAAGAAUCUAAUUUGGAAAGUAUAAUCUCUAACACGCUAAACAAUAUAAAAGCAUAUGGUACGCUACCUUAUGCAGAAAUACUAUGUUGCUGAGAAUCGCUGAAGUGUCUCCUCUGUGUGAACUCAUCAGUCGUUGCCAUGCGUGAAUGCAUAUCCAUCCACGUUGGUCAGGCUGGUGUUCAGAUUGGCAAUGCAUGUUGGGAAUUGUAUUGUCUUGAACAUGGGAUCCAGCCUGAUGGUCAAAUGCCUAGUGACAAAACAAUCGGAGGUGGAGAUGAUUCAUUUAACACUUUCUUCAGUGAGACAGGAGCUGGUAAACAUGUUCCCAGAGCAGUGUUUGUGGACCUAGAGCCGACUGUAGUUGAUGAAGUACGUACAGGUACAUACAGGCAGUUAUUCCAUCCUGAGCAGCUCAUUACUGGGAAAGAAGAUGCAGCCAAUAAUUAUGCCAGAGGCCAUUAUACCAUUGGAAAAGAGAUUGUUGAUCUAGUGCUAGACCGCAUCCGCAAGCUGGCUGAUCUGUGCACAGGUCUGCAAGGUUUCCUUAUCUUCCAUAGUUUUGGAGGAGGCACUGGUUCAGGGUUUGCAUCUCUGCUCAUGGAAAGGCUCUCUGUUGACUAUGGCAAAAAAUCCAAACUAGAGUUUGCAAUUUAUCCAGCACCGCAAGUUUCCACUGCUGUAGUGGAACCUUACAACUCAAUCCUAACUACCCACACGACGUUAGAGCAUUCAGACUGUGCCUUCAUGGUAGAUAAUGAAGCCAUUUACGACAUAUGUCGUCGUAACCUUGACAUCGAACGUCCUACUUACACCAAUUUAAACCGAUUAAUUGGGCAAAUCGUUUCAUCCAUCACAGCAUCACUGCGUUUUGAUGGAGCCCUCAAUGUGGAUCUGACAGAAUUUCAAACUAACCUCGUUCCGUACCCGCGAAUCCAUUUCCCCCUGGUAACAUACGCCCCUGUCAUCUCUGCCGAAAAAGCGUAUCACGAGCAGUUAUCUGUGGCUGAAAUCACCAACGCUUGCUUUGAACCAGCCAACCAGAUGGUCAAGUGCGACCCUCGGCACGGCAAGUACAUGGCCUGCUGUAUGUUGUACAGGGGGGAUGUGGUUCCCAAGGACGUCAAUGCAGCUAUCGCUACCAUCAAGACUAAACGUACCAUUCAGUUUGUGGAUUGGUGCCCAACGGGAUUCAAGGUGGGCAUUAACUACCAGCCUCCAACCGUGGUGCCGGGCGGUGACCUGGCAAAGGUGCAGCGGGCCGUGUGCAUGCUGAGCAACACAACCGCUAUUGCUGAGGCGUGGGCACGCCUCGACCACAAGUUCGACCUCAUGUAUGCUAAGCGUGCCUUCGUCCACUGGUACGUUGGGGAAGGAAUGGAGGAAGGAGAAUUUUCUGAAGCCCGGGAAGAUCUGGCUGCCCUUGAGAAAGAUUAUGAAGAAGUCGGCGUAGACUCGGUAGAAGCAGAGGCUGAAGAAGGAGACGAGUAUUUAGAAAACUGAGGUCUGGAAAAAGAUAUUUUAAAAAAAAAUUGCAGAGCCCUGUUCGCUUGUUUGUUUUCCAGUAAAGUUGUAAAGGUUC